AGAUAGUUCCUCUCAAGGAAUGAAGUAGCACUCGUGUAGACUACACCAUUACACUCAUCCAACAAUGACAGGCUGAAAUAAUGGUACAUAUACUGAAUGGCGAAUAAAAUACAAUAAUAAUAUCAGGAGAUUGGUAGACACAGAUACACGAAUGUUAUUUUCUCUACUAUCAGUGCCAGCGAUAGGGUAUCAGCAGUCACCAGCAGAUGUGUUCAUGAGCCGUAAGUUGAGAACUGCCUUAGAAAUUUUUAACCCCCUGGCCAAGACAAAACCAACACAAACAGUGGAGCUAGACAGGAAAGUAAAAGUGCGGAGAUUUUGCCACGGUGUUGUGCCCAAGGUGCACGCCCUCUCCCUUGGUUUACCUGUGUUGUUAUUAUUAAGUGAGAACUUGGACUCGACGCCUGCGGGGCUUGCAACCCGCAAUUCUGGCGCGUCUAGGCAGCAGUCUGUCGUCCAGGCAAACAGUUCGGUGUGAAGGAAAAAGUGUUCCAGGGAUAAAAAAAAAAUUCCUCCUAUUGUCAACAUCAGGAGAUGACGUCAUAUCGGAAGGCAGCUAUUGCUGUGACUACCUAGAAGACUGUUCUAGAAGGUUCUUUUCUGGACUAAUCGUCGCUUCUACGUGUAUAUGCCUGCCGCACCAAGCGUCGUCACUAUGCCCGCCGACGCUCCGACUCCACAGAGGCCGUCACGUUGCCGGAUCUCCGCUGGAACGACGCGCGUCUGGUAUGGCAACGAAACCCUAAGUCACUUUUGGCGAUAUAAUUAUUUCGGAACUUGAGGUGAUAGAAUAUUUCAAAGGUGGAUCACUGAAAUAUUUGGUUGGAAAUAUUCUAAGUCUAGUUUGGACUUUGCCAUUUUCUGGGGCCGUUGCGUGUCGUCGCCGUUUUUAUGUUGGUGACCUAUGGGCGUAGUGGCUGGUGGCGGUUGUGGCUGGAGUUGUUGAGCUGGUCGGUAGUUGUAAAUAGAGGCGGGCGGCUUUCGCAGGUUGGACUUCCGUUACUUGAACGUGGCUACUGUGGCUACCAGUCCUUACGUACGUUACAUGACGUGUGAUACGCUUAUGUAACGAAACAACAGCUAUGCUGAAUUGAAGUCAGCAUGGCGGCGCAUUUAUGAAAAUCAAUGCCCAACUUAGUUUUUCGUGACUGCAUAUACGUAGUUUGUUUACAAUAAGUUACGUAAGACUCGCAAACUUAUGCAGAGACAGUGCACAUGUUAACGCGAGUGGAUUACGCGUUUGAAGUCUUCGGUGAAGGGAGAAAUAUCUGAUGAAGCACGCAGGAGGCGGUGUGCUUGUUCUGUGCUUUACUCCAUGUGCAGAAACGAGUGCAUGCGCAAACUGUAUGCGGACCUCUCCUGAUAUCUGGUACCAAGAGACCGUCUGGCAGGGCGGUGUCGGUGUGCAAUUGGUUUGAACACUUCCGCCUGCAGAGCGAGUCACUGGGGAGCGAGCUCUGCGCAUCACGACCACUAGUCGGCGCCAGCGAGUGGCAACUCGCUAGCAUCGCUACAUAAUUGAAGAGCAUGGCUGCUACAUCCCCGCCAGGUUUGUGUUCGUGGGGGUUCUGAUGCUGGGUACUUUCCUGAACGUGAUCCUGCGAUCGUCGCUGCCCAUUUCGCUGACCGUGAUGGUGCGGAGGAACAGCAGUGGCGGGGGAGGUGGCUCCGUGGAGGAAGACACCUGCCCCGCCCCACAGACCGAGCAGCAAGCCCCGUCCGCCGGCGUCGUGACCGGCGAGUUCGACUGGGACGAGGUGACCCAGAGCCAGAUCCUCACUGCCGCCACCUACGGCGUGCUGGCCUCGACCUUGAUCGGCGGCCGCGUGUCCGAGUUGUGGAGUCCCAAGUACAUGUUCACCAUAUGCUACGGCGUGUCCGCUGCCAUCUACAUGCUCCUGCCAGUCACCGCCGAUUGGAACGUUAUCGCCGUCGUCGUGUCCCAAGUGCUCAGCGGCCUAUUCAGCGGCCCUUUGCAACCUGUGAUGAUGAAUAUAUGUGCAGCCUGGUUUCCUCCACAGGAAAGACAACUACUAUUUUCAAUCACAAUGGCUGCUCUGCCUCUGGGCGGAAUAGCAUCAAACUUGCUCACGGGAAACCUGUUGGGGGUCGUGGGCUGGAGGAUCGUGUUCUACAUGUUCGCGUCCCUGGUCGCCGCUUGGACGCUGCUGUGGAUGAUAUUCGUGUACGACUCGCCAAACAGCCAUCCUAGAAUCUCUGACGAAGAACGUACCUACAUUACUGAAAGCAUUAAGAAAAAUGAAAAUCAGGUGGCGGCCAAGCUGCCGUGGAAGCAGAUGCUGCUGUCCGUGCCCAUGUGGGCACACGUCAUCAUGGGCCUGCCCGCACAGUGGCUGAACGCAACUCUCUCCAACUACCAGCCAACCUACAUGAGGAACAUUCUGCACUUCGACACGGCCAUGAUGGGAAAUAUAUCUGCAGGUGGUACAGUUAUCACUUGUAUAAGCUCAGUAUUUUUUGGAUUCUUGUCCCAAUGGAUACGGAAAAAGAAGUAUUUAUCCCAUCUUGUGACAUACCACGUCUUUAAUGGCAUAUCUACGCUUGUCCCGGCUGUACUCUUGGUCAUUCUCACUUUCGUCGGCUGCAAUCCAUGGGCCAUAGUCCCUCUUCUCGCCCUGGUGGGGAUCAUGUCGGGCGCCUACAUCGGCGGCAGCCAGCUCAACCACAUGGACCUGGCCGUCAACUACACGGGCACCAUCCACGGGUUAUCGGCCACCGUGUACAGCGUGGUCGGCAUCGUCGCGCCGAACAUCGUCGGAGUGAUCACCAACAACAAGCAAACAUUGACUGCUUGGAACACAGUUUUCUACAUCGCUGCUGGUGUGAAAAUACUUCCGUUCUUCUUUUUUCUUUUCUUCGGCUCCGUGAAGGAACAACCUUGGAACCGUAUCGAACAAGAAGAGACAGAGAGUACAGACUCAAAAAUAACGAUAAAGGUCGGGAUUGACAAUGGAGCGGAAGAACAUACACGCUUUUAAAGGUGCUUAAGUGCAGUUGCCAAUUAGAAAAAAAACAUAUACAAUUCCCUUGAUAUGACACGUAUUGUUGAAUUUGAAAACAGGGGUGUGUCUUUGUGCUAUAAAUGUGUAAUUAUGUUGGUAAUCGAAGAAUCUGAAGUUUGAAGUCUAAACUACAUAAUUAGUUAGAACUUGUUCAGCGCUGCUCAACUGCUUUCUCCACUGCUGUAUGGAGAUUAUUUAGUACAUUUUGUUCCUCUGUGUUGGUUUAUGUCAAACCCCUUUUUCCUCAUACACACAAGUGUAAACCUGAGGAACGUGGGUUAGCUUUGUUACUUCACUGAAUUUUAUCAAGCAGUGCUUUUGAUCAACCAGUCCACUACACUUCUCAUGCAGCAGUUAAUGUGGUCAAGUAAAAAGUAGUCAGUUUAUGAAAAUAUUCUGUUUUGACUAAUGUCAAAUAAAUUUCUCGUUCAAUAUAUAAAUUAUUCUCGUCUUAUGAUUUUGCUAUUGUAUUGUGUUGUUAGUGCGAGUUUUUAAAUGUGCUAUUUGUUGAACUCAAAGCGUUUUAGUGUGUAAUAUCGAUAACAGUUUAAAUUAGGUCCAUACGACAUGUUUUAACACUUACCGCUUCAUAGGGUCACGAUAAUAUGUUUCGUUGCUAAAAUACUCGGGACUAAUAUGCGAAUUUUACACUCAUAUUGCGUUAGCAUAUCGUAGUAAAACUUUAAAUAAACAACCAAGUAGUAGAUAAUUCCCAUACAUACGAUAUCUUAAGGCAUUAUUCACAGUGUGCAUUCGGUAAGUAUGCAAUUGGCAGUCGGAUGUCUGUGUAGUCACAAGAAGCUCACGAAUAUAAUUUGACACGCCGACGUGUUUUGCUCGCUCCGUGUAUAAAUGUUAAACAAACUCACAUUCUAACAUGGAAAACAUUUAUAUUUUGAUUGAAAAACCUCCUAUUAAAAUGCUCCAUUUCACUUUUAAACAGUUUAUGUUUGAUAACUGAAGUAAAAAAAAAAAAAAACAAGAAAUCAUAAAGCUAAUAUUUUUUUACUAUAUACAAAAUUAAACCGUAAAGUUAAUUUACUUUCUUCAGUUACAUAAAAUCUAUUGUUGAAAGUCAUUGAAGUCAUACAUUAGAACUUUACCUUUUAUCAAUUUAAAUACAAUAUAAGCUAAACACAUCAAUCAGCAUCUAAUACAGUGCUCUUGUCUGGUAGAAGGCACUAGGCCGAAACGCAUUUGACCGAAAUUUCUGCCUAGUGCCUUUCGGCCUAGUGCUUUUCGGCCUAGUGCUUUUCGGUCAAGUGCCUUUCGGUCUAGUGCCUUUCGGCCUGGUGAUUUUCGGCCUAUUGCCGCUUUCUCCUCCCCCUUCUCUUUUCUAGACACCUGCGACGUUACAAUGCCUCAUGUCUCUUAAGUUCUGCAAGUCUACCAGGUCUGCUACCACAGGGUUAACAAUAAUACGUGCAGCAAGCACACUCUCCACAAGUACAGUCUCGUGCAGCAAUCGGUACCAGCUGGGUGGAGCAGAUUGCAUCUCCGACAGCCAAUAGCUGGACUGCCAACUGUGCAUUGUGAAUCAGCAUUACGAAAUUACUGUUGUUUUCUGUGAUGAUGUUCGUCAUACUCAUUUCAUUUCACUUUCAUUGUUAAUAUAUGCGUCACGCUGUUGUCGAUCUUAUGCCAUUGAGCUCCGAGUCCCAUGAGAAAAUUGUCAAUAUGUUUAACAUUUAAUUUUAUAUUUUUAUAUCAUGUAGCGUAUGGUGGUGUGUAGUAAGCCAAUUUUGACACAUUAUGUUUGUUAUUUUCUGUACAAUUGUUUCCUUAUAUUGAUAUGCAAGUACUUAUUAAUGUUU